AUGGGGGACCAGCCAGACACCAAGGCCAAGCUCCAGAGAUGGGCCAAGCGCCUCGGCACGCUGCCCAGCCUCGCCCUCCCCACCGACUACCCUCGGCCCACCCCGGCACGUUUGGUCGAGUCGGCCCAGACCGUGUCGCUGCCGCCUAGUCUCGCCCCGGCCCUUAUGCACCUCACCUACGAGUUCUCCGAGCUCUUCCCCUCCUCGGCCCUCCCUACCCCGUAUCACCUCCUCCUCACAGCAUUUGUGAUCCUCUUGUUCAGGUACACGCCCGACCCGUCCAUGGUCAUUUGCACGUCCGUGCCCGGAACCAGCACGCCGAUCCUCCUCAAGCUCGACAUUACGCCCGAGAUGACCUUCUUCGACGUCCUGCGUCAGGUCAUGGAGCGCGAGGCUGAGGCUGCCGCUGACGUCGUCCCCCUCUCCCAGCUCAUUGACCACCUCAAGCCAGAGGGCCCUCUCUACCGCGUCCGCUUCUUCGACUCGACCCAAGUCGAGAGCGACCCCACUGCCGGUCUCUCGACCGACAUUACCCUCUUCCUGCUGGCAGAGCACACGGACGUGCAGGCUACUCGCAUGGCCAUGCCCAAGCUCUACCUCCGCCUCGUGUACAACUCGCUCCUCUUCACCCAGAACCGCGUCAAGAACACGAUCGACUCGCUCCUCCAGCUCCUCAAGUCGGCCUCGAGUAACGACCCUACGCACCCCAUCGGCUCGCUGCCCCUCCGCACCGACUCGCAGGCCGCUGUCCUCCCAGACUCCUCGGCCGACCUCGACUGGUGCGGCUUUGUGGGCGCCAUCCCAGACAUCUUCUCGGCCAACGCCAAGGCUCACCCUGACCGCACCUGUGUCGUCCAGUGCGAGCAGGAUGACGACCACGAUGACGGACCUUCCAAGGGCAGGAGGACAUUCACGUACCGCCAGAUUGACGAGGCGUCCAACGUCCUCGCCCACUCGCUCCUCAAGAGCGGCCUGCAGCGCGGUGAGGUCGUCAUGGUCUAUGCCGCGCGUAGCGUCGAGCUCGUCGUGUGUGUCAUGGGUAUCCUCAAGGCCGGCGGUGUCUUCUCGGUUGUUGACCCCGCGUACCCCCCCAACCGCCAGGUCGUCUACCUGCAGGUCUCAAUGCCCCGUGCCCUCCUCGUUAUCUCGAGCGCCGGUGUCCUUGCGCCCCUCGUUUCCGACUACAUCAAGGAGAAGCUCGACCUCCGCGUCCAGAUCCCCGCUAUCUCGGUGACCGAGAACGGCAUCUCUGGCUCGCCAGCUGGCGCCACCGAGGACAUCCUUGCGCAGUACCAGCAGUAUGCGCAGACGCCUGCUGGCGUCGUCCUCGGCCCCGACUCGAACGCCACUCUGUCGUUCACCUCGGGCUCGACCGGUAUCCCCAAGGGUGUCAAGGGACGGCACUACUCGCUCACCCACUUCUUCCCAUGGAUGGCCCAGAAGUUCGGCCUCGGAUCUGAGUCGCGGUACACCAUGCUGAGCGGUAUCGCGCACGACCCGAUCCAGCGCGACAUCUUCACUCCCCUCUUCCUCGGCGCGUCGCUGUUUGUGCCCACCGCCGACGACAUUGGCACGCCAGGUCGUCUUGCCGAGUGGAUGGACGACAACAAGGUGACUGUGACUCACCUUACCCCUGCCAUGGGUCAGCUCCUCUCCGCGCAGGCCUCGCGCCAGAUUCCAUCCCUCGAGAACGCGUUCUUCGUCGGUGACGUCCUCACCAAGCGCGACUGCCACCGUCUCCAGUCGCUCGCCAAGAACGUCUGCAUCAUCAAUAUGUACGGCACGACUGAAACGCAGCGCGCUGUCUCGUACUUUGCCAUCCCCUCCGUCAACAAGGACAUGACUUUCCUCUCGACCCAGAAGGACCUCAUCCCAGCCGGCCAGGGCAUGAUCGACGUGCAGCUCCUCGUCGUCAACCGCACCGACCGCAACAUCCCCUGUGCUGUGGGCGAGAUGGGCGAGAUCUACGUCCGUUCGGGUGGUCUCUCUGAGGGCUACCUCGACCCCGCCGCGACGGCCGAGAAGUUUGUCACCAACUGGUUCACCGAGGGUGUCGAGCGCAAGGACACGCUUGUUGAGACCAACCCGGCUGCUGCCCAGUACUGGUUCGGUGUCCGUGACCGCAUGUACCGCUCGGGUGACCUGGGUCGCUACCUGCCCGACGGCAGGGUCGAGUGCACUGGCCGUGCCGACGACCAGAUCAAGAUCCGUGGCUUCCGUAUCGAGCUUGGCGAGAUCGACACGCAUCUCUCGCGCCACCCGCUUGUGCGCGAGAACGUUACUCUUGUUCGUCGUGACAAGGACGAGGAGAAGGUCCUCGUGUCGUACUUUGUGCCCAACGAUGUGCCCGAGCUCGCUGGCAUGGCGAGUGCCAGCGAGGGCGACCAGAACGAGGACGAGGUUGACCUCAAGUCGGAGAUGCUCCGUGGUGUGCGCCGCUACAGGCGUUUGAUUCGUGACAUCCGCGAGCACCUCAAGAAGAAGCUGCCGUCGUACGCUAUCCCAGCUGUCUACUUCCCCCUCCGCAAGCUGCCGCUCAACCCCAACGGCAAGAUCGACAAGCCUGCUCUGCCCUUCCCCGACACCGCGCUCGCCGCCAAGCCGGCCCAGACGUCGGCGACCAACCUCACGCCCGUGCAGAAGACGAUUCACGACAUUUGGCUCAAGCUGCUCCCGUCGCCGCCGCCUUCGAUCGCCAUCGACGAGAACUUCUUCGACCUUGGCGGCCACUCGAUCCUCGCCACGCGUCUCAUCUUUGAGCUGCGCAAGACCUUUGUCGUCAACGCUCCCCUCGGCCUCGUGUUCGAGAAGCCGACCAUCGAGCUUCAGGCCGCGGCCAUCGAGGAUCUCUCCUCGGGCGGUGUCACCGUCGCGGAGGGCACGCCAGCCAAGGAGGCAGUUGCUGAGGUGCCGUACGCUGAGGACGUUGCCAAGCUCGCAGCCAAGCUGCCCGCCAAGUUUGCGCCCCUCCCGGUCGACUUUGCGACCAAGAAGCUCACCGUGUUCCUCACCGGUGCUACUGGCUUCCUCGGUGCCUUUAUCCUGCGUGACCUCCUGUCGCGCCGCACGGCCAAGGUCAUCUGCCUUGUACGCGCCAAGACUCCUGAGGAGGGCCUCAAGCGCCUGCGCGACUCGGGUGAGGGCCGCGGCGUAUGGGACGAGGACUGGGUCAAGGAGGGCCGUGUCGAGGCCGUCGUCGGUGACCUUGCGUCAGAGCACUUCGGCCUUGACCAGGCCACCUGGGACCGCGUCGCCAGCGAGGCUGACGCUGUGCUCCACAACGGUGCCGUGGUGCACUGGGUUUACCCGUAUGCCAAGAUGCGCGACACCAACGUGCUCUCCACGUUCACCUGUCUCGAGCUGUGUGCGCAGACCAAGCCCAAGCUGUUCAGCUUCAUCUCGUCGACCGCGACACUGGACAACGAACGCUUCGUGCAGAAGUCGGACGAGCUGCUUGCGGACGGCAAGGCUGGCCUGAGUGAGGAGGACGACCUCGAGGACUCUCGCACGGGCCUCGACACGGGUUACGGGCAGAGCAAGUGGGUGGCGGAGAAGCUCAUCAUGGAGGCGGGCAAGCGCGGCCUCUCGGGCUGGACGCUGCGUCCCGGCUACGUGCUCGGCGACACCAAGAGCGCCGUUACGAACACGGACGACUUCCUGUGGCGCAUGGUCAAGGGAUGCCUGCAGCUUGGGCUCACACCCGACAUCAACAACACGAUCAACAUGUGCCCCGUCGACCACGUUGCGCUUCUUGCCUCGCUCUCGACGCAGAGCUCGGACGGCUUCAAGGUCAUGCAUGUGACUGGCCACCCGCGCAUGCGCUUCAACGACUUCCUUGGUGCCCUCGCGACUUACGGCUACCCCGUCAAGCGCACCGAGUACAUCCAAUGGCGCACCAAGCUCGAGCAGCACGUCCUUGAGACUCAGGACAAUGCGCUCUUCCCACUCCUCCACUUUGUCCUCGACGACCUCCCGACUAGCACAAAGGCCGUCGAGCUCGACGAUGCCAACGCACAGGCACUCGCGUCGGCUGCAGGCGCCAACCGGACCGCUGGCAUCACCGAGGACCUGUGCGGGUUGUACCUCGCCUGGCUCAUCCGCGCAGGAUGGAUGGAGGCGCCGCCUUCGGGACAGGGCAAGCCGCUGCCGGCGCUCCAGGGUGGCGUGUCGCGUGCGAUUGGGCGUACGACGGCUGGCGCGGCGUAG